AUGCCCAAUCAGACCCAACCACCCGAGCCGAGCAAACAAAGCAGCAGCAAACCGAAAAAAAAAGACAGCAACCCCAACAAGAUCAAAAAGACAAAGCGUUUUUCCCAGAACCCCACCCUCGCCUUUCCCGUUGCCGUAGUUGUAUCAUGGACUCCAAUCGCGCGCCGAGCAUUUUUUUCGGAUAUAUAUAAAGCCUUGAAAAGAAAAUAA